UUAUAAAAACCAUUGAACAUGUUCAAUUAAAGACAUGUUACACUAUAUACUCCAAAUAUUCUCUCCUAGUUCAAUUAUCAAACAAGAAUCAUUCAAUAAAAUUAAUUUCUCUCUAAAACAUGCCCAGUGGAUCACCAAACAGUAGCAAUAGCUUAAUAUCUUCUUACUCAUUUGAAGAAUUCUACCACGGUUGGUGCCACCGCCAAGCACAACUAUCAGCCGAGAUCAAUGCCGCCGUACACGGAAAGUCCGGCGAUGAAGGGCCGGUGAUUGAAGAGCGAGCGGCACGUCUUCUUAUAGCCCGUGUUCUGGGCCACUUUGAAGAGUAUUAUGAGCAUAAGUCUCGUGCAGCUAAUCUUAAUGGUUUUGCUCUAUUUUCCCCUACCUGGUGUUCUUCUCUUGAAUGCUCUUUCCUUUGGAUCGCCGGGUUUCAGCCCACCGUUCUUUUGCAGGUUGUUUCCGACUCUGUUCGGGAUUUGUCCCCUGACCAAACUCUUGCCCUUGAAAGGUUGAAACGAGAGACGAGAAUAAAUGAAAAGGUGGUCGAGGAUGAAUUAGCGAGGAUUCAAGAAACCGUAGCAGCUCCACCACUAAUGGAUGUCAUAAGGAAAGCUGCAUGGCCAGCAGAAAUGAAAACCUCAAACACCGAAAGCGAACCAAUGGAGCAAUUAAGUAGGGCACUUGAAACGGUGAUAGCCAAUGCCGACUCCUUAAGGGUGACAACGGGUGCAAAAGUAGCUGAAAUUCUUACUCCAUACCAAUGUUUAAGGUUUCUUGUACCAGCCAUCAGGCUCCUACAAAGUCUCAGGAUAUCUGGGAGGGAAAGAGAUGUUCUUGCUGGCACUGGCAGUGACACUACAUAAACUACAGCUUGAUAUAUGCCGUUUUUCGACUUUGGCUCAUCGAUCGAUCAAUGAAGUUUUCCAUAUAUAGCCAGGUUUUACUGAUCAUAUGAUAAAAUAGAUAGGAAAAAAUACGAAGCAAGUUAUGUAUGUUGUAAUGAUUAUAGCUGAGAUGAAAUAUUGAACAUGUGAAGAAUUUCCAUGAUCUUAUAGAACUAUAUGACUAUGGAAAUCCAACUAGUGAUUCAAAACGAUUUUUAGAACCGUUUUGAAUCGCUAGAUUUCCGUGACGAAUUUGGCAUUUCGGUUACAAUUAUCGUAACUAUAGAUAGUAUCGAGCUUGUGAAA